UUGCGAUGGAUGCAGGUGGGUGGCUAUACUGUCUAUGACUAUAGUAUACGCUAGAGCUAGACGCUAGACGUUGUAUAGGUAUAGGACAUAAAUAGUAGCAGCAGCAUCGGCGAGGACUGCAAGUCUGCAAAGAGCCACUGGAUAAUAGAGAGAGAGAGAGAGAGAGAGAGAGAGAGAGAGAGAGAGAGAGAGAGAGAGAGAGGACAGAAGAGGGAGAGAGAGAGGGAGAGCAAGAGACAGAGUGAAGGGGUGGAGAAGGUAGAAUAAGAGAAAGACGGAACUCACGCAACCCUGGAGCGGGAGCAGUUAAGCAGUAGGUAGUGUAGGUGUUACGAGCGGGAGCGAGGAGUGGUGCACGUUAAGUCAAUCGUUAUCUAUCCUAACCUUUUCGCGCGCUCGAGCCAACAGACCAGCAGCAACAGAGGAGCAGCGAACGAUGGUUGUGCCUAUGCAUGCAAACCAGCUCUACGACUACUCGUAAUCUCUCGUACAAUCUUUUUUAAUACUGUACGUCCUGUCUCCACAUGACGAUAGACGAUAUGGGGCAGCCGCAGCAGCAGCAACCGCCCCGAUCAUCAAUGUCACCACUUGCGGCUGAACGAGAAAGCUAGAGGACUCGCUGCUUUUAACGCUUUUUCUCUCAGCACUUCAAACUGAACCAGUUGCUACAUAAGUACUGCCAGUGACGCCGAGAAAACGAAACACGACGGCCGGAUUUUUAAUUCCAGGAAAUGGCAUCGUCUCAGAAGGGUAUACAAAUCGGCAAUGCCUGGUUCCAAAAGAAAAUCAACCUAAGGCCUCAGCACAGAGGCGUUCAUCUUGUUACUGAAGAGAUACUCAGACAGAUACCUGAACUUUGUCAGUUCUCUGUUGGCCUCUGUCAUAUUCAAAUUCUUCAUACCUCAGCCAGCUUAGCACUGAAUGAGAGUUGGGAUCCUGAUGUUAGAGAUGACAUGGAAAUGAUGCUUAAUAAAAUAGUUCCUGAAGGAUUACCGUACAGACACAGUUGUGAAGGCCCUGAUGACAUGCCAGCACAUGUCAAGGCAUGUUUCCUUGGUUCAUCACUGAGUAUCCCAAUAACAGAUGGCAAGCUAGCCCUUGGUACAUGGCAGGGAGUAUGGCUCUGUGAACAUCGUGAUCAUGCAGGUAGUCGCAAGCUUGUGCUUACUCUCACUGGCUGCCUCAGGGACUCAGCUCAAAGUCCUCUCAGCCCUGUUAGCCCAAUUGCCUCGACGAGCAGCUAGGACCACUCGCAUCCGCGUAGGCGCGGCAAACGCACGCUGCGCAAAUCUACCUCUAGCAACACAAGCUAGCGGCUGCACGUUUUUAGCCCCAUACCAAAAAUAGCAUCCAAGAAGGAGUGACUAGAUAAAUAAGAUCAAUGAGGCUAAUACAAGUCCCAAGACGCGUUGGCUGCAGAAAGAAAGGAUUGCAGAAGAUGUUUAUUAUACAUUAGAUGCUCUCAAUCUCAUCAACUUGUAUUUUGCAGUUUACUUGGCUAUUUAUCCAACAAUUUCAUUAUUUAUUUGUCUAAUUUCUGGCAAUUGCUAAUAACAUAAUGUACAGCUGGACUUGAUAUAGAGCUCGAAGCUGAUAUCUUACUUUCUUUAGAUAUCUCUUAUAGUUUCUUAUCAAAUCAAACUUUGUCAUUUACUAAAAAUUAAUUUUUAAUUAACUUAUUUGAUUUGAUCAUAACGCAAAGAAUUUUCCAUUUUAAACUAAUUUUGCCUACAAAGUAAUGCAACACCUGUUUUUUUAAAGUGAUUUAUUUGACUAAUUCAUUAGGUGUAAAAUCAUUAAUCCAAAGAUUUUUUAUUGUUUGCUUUAUUUUUAACGCAUACACGAUUCAUCCUUUUCAAUUAUUAAAUCAUAGAUGCAUGGUCAGGUUUAACGAUAUUGGUUUAUAAGAUGUUUGGGUAAACUGUUCAAUACAAAUGUAAAAAGUGGUGAAACAUUUUGUCGGUAUCCGACAUCAUUGCAAGCAUGGCUCGGAGCCUUGUUUUCUGUCAGUCCUCAAAAAACAACAAGUAAGCUAGAUAUUCUGUUAAAGCAUUGAGAAAAGAAACGGAAAUAUAAUUUUUAUGACGAAAUAUAAAUUUAUGACUGAUUUUUAAUUCAUUACAAAUUAUGUUUGAUGUUUUGAUUAAGCAUAAAUUAAUCAAAUGAGCCAAAACAAAGAAUGUUUCUUUUUAAACAUAAUCUACUAUUGUGUAUUUAUACCUCAUGAAAACGUAUUAACAUCUUACUGUUAUUUAUUUAGGAAGCUGAACAUUUCACAAUUUCAAAUGUUAAUUUUGAAAGAAUCAUGUAAAUUGAAAAUAAAAGUAAAAUUAUUGAAUGCUGUUAACUUACUCAGAUGGCAUUGAUCUUAACAUUAAUAACUUAA